AUGAUGAUGGAGGACGAAGGAGCCAAGAGCAAGGGGUCUCCACCGCUUGGAAAGGAUUCAGAGGGAUUGAUGGAGAAAGGGGAAUCUUCGGCGGCAGCUCUGGCCAAGAGUUUGGCUGGAGUGGCUGCCAGUGCCAAAUUACAAGGGAAGGAAGCCGCAGCAGCUGCAAUUGGUGGCGCUGCCAUGGGACACAUCAAGAGACCGGGUAGUGUCAAGCGAUCGAGUACAGCUGAUGCGAGCCGCGUGUCAUCGUUCAUGGGCAAGGAAGAUCCUCCCUUGUCUUCUGCCAUGGUUCAGAGUCAACUUCGAAGAUCCCAAAUGCUCAAGGCCAAGAGUGCCAGAGGUCUCUUGUCCAGUGCCAGCGACCAUGUCCCCACCACACCCAAAAAAAUGACCCCCGACAAGCAUUUGGAUGAAGAUUCUCCCUCCAAGAAGUCCGCCCGACGGGAACAAGUGAUGCAAGACGAUAGUACGCUCGUCGGAGCUACCAAUUUUAUUCUGGCCGCUACCGCAAACCACACCCGGCGUGCUUCUGCCAGUGGUAGUGAUAACAACAAGAAAGAGAACAAUAGUUCUGCAGUGGCCCAGUCUCCACUCCCGGAGCGUCGAAGACGCAGCGACAUGAUGCGAAAAUCCAAAAGUGCCCGGGGUCUCUUGUCCAGUUCCAGUGGUCAUACACCCAAAUCACCGAAGAAAUCGCUACUCGACAAGCAUUUGGAUGGAGAUUCACCCACCAAGAAGGCCUCCCGACGUGAACACGUGAUGCAAGACGAUAGUACGCUCGUCGGAGCUACCAAUUUUAUGCUGGCCGCUACCUCAAACAAAACGCGACUUGCUGGCGAUGACAAGGAGGGCGAAGAAAAGGAGGACUCCAAGGAACUAGAAGAAGAAGCAGAAAAUGCCGUUGCCCGUUCUCUGAACAACCGACGCCGACACAGCGAACAUUUAAUGCGAAAAUCCAAGAGUGCCCGGGGAUUAUUUGCUCCGGCGAAUUCCACACAGGAAGACCAGGAUAAGCUCAUGCGAAAAAUCAAGAGCGUCCGACAAAUUGUUCCUGCCGAUCAAAAAGACUCUCUCAGCAAGGCACGAAGCAGCCACGGAACUCGACGACUCUCCGAUGGUGCCGGAGCCAAGACGGACCAGCUCCGACGAAGGAGCAGUCAUCGAAAACUCGUGGUGAACGACGACGACAUUGACGGGGAUGGGGAACAAGCCGAGGGCACUACCACAAAUAAUCAUCAGCCAAGCAGGGAUAUGCUCAAACGGAGAGGCAGCCGUAGAAGGAUGAAAAUCGACGUCGACGACAUUGACGAUGAGGGUGACACAGAAGGAAAUGUUCCCGAAAGCCCAAUGAAUCGCAGAACCAGUACAAAUCAGCCAAACAGGGACAUGCUCAAACGGAGAGGCAGCCGUAGAAGGAUGCAAAUCGAUGACGACGACAUUGACGAUGAGGGUGACACAGAAGGAAAUGUUCCCGAAAGCCCAAUGAAUCGUAGAACCACUCGAAUCAGACGUUCGUUGAGCGGCGACCCAAAUGUUAACGUUGACGACAACGAGGAGGGAACAGAUGCGAAGAGCCCCAUGAAUCGUAGAACUACUCGAAUCAGACGCUCGUUGAGUGGCGACCCAAAUGCCAACGUUGACGACAACGAGGAGGGAACAGAUGCUAAAAGCCCAAUGCAGCGUCGAAGCAGUCACGUUAGACGCUCGAUGAGCGGAGACGGCAGAAUUCAGAGGGAUCCAUUGAAACGACGCAGCAGUCACCGACGAUUGGGAGCCCCUGGUGAUCAUUCUGCUCAUUCCAGAGAACAAGUUCUCAGCACGAGCAGACAUCGCCAUGGUGACCAUACCAAACUAAGGAACAUGCGUCGCAGCAAGACAAUGGAUGAAGCCACGCAGCAAGAGUUGAAAAAUCGGGGGGAAGACAAAGCAAGCGCCCCAAGCACACCAACGGGUACGAGGGCGGCGCGAAAACGCCGUCCUUCUCGUAUGAAGAGUCAACCCGAGGCAGGGAUGCGUUCUACGGCAGCGGCGAUUGCUAUGCAACAGCACGAUGAAGACGACACUGGCGAACAGAACAACAAGAUGAACCGACGCAAGUCAAGAAGUUCCUUCGUCGUCCGCAGGGACGUGGCAAACUCACAGAUUCAAAGGGCGUUGCAGCUUCAAGAAGCCAGAGUCAAUGCUCUUCCCGAGGACUUCUCGGAAUCUGAGGUGGAAUCUGAACCCGACGUCGAAGAAUUCGAAGAAGACGUAAGCCAAGAAGGAGCAGCAGAAAAUGAGCGCAACCCAAGUUUUACCAUGCUUCCUUUGCCAUCGAUGCAAAUGCCUACCAUGCAAAUGCCAACGAUGCAGAUGCCCACCAUGCAGAUGCCUACAAUGCAAAUGCCUACCAUGCAGAUGCCCACUAUGCAAAUGCCCACUAUGCAGAUGCCUACAAUGCAAAUGCCAGCCAUGCAAAUGACUACCAUUGCAAAUCUUCAGAUGAAUCUGCCACGCUUCAAUUUUGCUAACGCCAAUGGCGAAGAGGCGCAUGGGGCUGAUGCAGUUGGCCCCCAGGUGCCACCGACAAACCCAAACCUUGGUCGAGUCGAGCAGAUAUUGAAGGAAAGGAGAAGUAGCGACACUGUCAGUAAGAAAGAUAACAACACAACACCGACAAGCAGCGGCACGCUUGGAACUGUGGAUACAUCCUCUUCGGAGCAACCAGAUGGAAGCUUGAACGAUGGGAGUUAUAGUAACAACGACGUGUCGAACAACGGUGUCGUUGACCAAUCUCUCAACUCGCAUAGUGGCAUUGACGAAUCUAUUUCGGCAUCUCGGGGCGAUGCGACGGGUCCCUCUUCAGCGAGGCAAUCUACCACAGACGCUAACCGCCAGCGGCGUCGUCGAGUUGCUUCGAGGAGGAACCCGGGCCAUGGAAAUGCGUCCUCCUCCAGGAGGCUCUCUAGCAGUAGAAGGGUUAGUACAGCGGAUGGGGUGGCUGGAGACUUACCCCAUCUGGUACAGUAG